AGGAAUAUAGCUUGAACGAGAUUCUGAAUGCACGUGUAAUUCACGAUUUUAUGGGUCUUCUGGAAUGCAGUCCAACAUCAGAUGGUGCAGCAGCAGUAAUUCUGUGUAGCGAAAAAUUUUUAAUGAAAUUUCCCCAUCUAUCCAAACAAGCUGUUGAAAUUAUUGGUGCUGAGUUAGGCACUGAUGAACCAUCUGUAUUUGCUGAACGUUCGGCCAUAAAAAUGAUUGGCUUUGAUAUGAUACGCAAAUUAUCAAAUAGAUUAUAUCAGAAGACAGGAUUAACGCCAAGCGAUGUACAGGUAAUUGAGUUACAUGAUUGCUUCGCGCCAAAUGAACUGAUUUCUUACGAAGCACUUGGUCUUUGUCCUGUUGGUAAAGGUAGUGACAUUGUUGAUAAAGGUGACAAUACAUAUGGUGGAAAAUGGGUUAUCAAUCCUUCUGGUGGAUUAAUAUCCAAAGGACAUCCAAUUGGUGCAACUGGUGUAGUCACAAGUCGUGGAAUUGUCGCUUCAGUUACGUGGCCUUGCUGGUGCACGUCAGGUACCAAAUUGCAAGAUUGC